AUGGGGUGGCUGCACUCCCUCUUCUCUCCUUUGAAGAAGCUGUGGUUUCGCCUCCAUUCAGCUCCGAAGAAAACAGGAAGAGGGAUAUACAUUCUGUAUGAGGAUGUAAAAUCCUGCCCCUAUGAGGAUGUGCAUGUCCUGUGGUCAAUACUAGUGGAGGCACAUACACAUACACCUUCUUUGCCAUCAAAAAGCAUGAGCGAAGGCCCCAAUGUUCUUCACAGUAUAUGA